AUGUCCUCCCCUUUAUCUGCCGGAGAUGAUGAUAUCUUCGAGCGCUUGCAGCAGCGCAAGGACCCUCAGGUCCUGGAAGAACAGCAGCAGGCCGUGAAUGAGCGGAUGCAGGCAAUUCUUCAAAAGGCCCAAUCUCGCCUUGGGGAACUGCUCGACCAAAACUCUACCCUUCCUUGUCAAAUCUCUUCGGUCCAGUUUCAAAGUGCUCCCCACACUCGUCGAAGCUUCCUUGAGCACAUCGUCAACCCGCUUCUCGGUGCGAAUCGUGACCAUCCCUACACUCUAUCCGAGGCUUUGCGGGAAGUCUCGGCUGCGGCAGACAAACUUGGACGGUUCGAUAUAUUCCAGCAGCCUAUCUCCGUUCACCUGGACGAGUCCACAAGAGAUCCCACCACCGGACUGCGCACUAUCGAUAUUAUCCUCGCUACCCGGGAGAAAUCUCGAGUACUCUUGAAGACGGGAACCGACCUUGGAAAUGCGGAGGGCUCUGCUUACGGUAACCUCCUAUGGCGUAAUGUCUUUGGAGGCGCUGAGACUUUCAACCUGAACGCCUCGUUGGGUACGCGCACACGCUCUGCCUACCAGGCUGCGUUUGAGACACCACUUUUCUGUAACCCCGAUUUCCGCUUGGAAGUUGGCGGUAUCGCAAGCUCUACCCAGAAGUCCUGGGCCAGCCAUGAGGAGGUUCUCAAGGGUGGCUGGAGCAAGCUUCGAUGGCUCUCCACAUCCGGCGAUCGUCAUGAAUUAGGCUACAACGGAGUGUGGAGACAGGUUACCGGCCUUGCGGAGAAUGCUUCCCCGACUGUCCGAGCCGAUGCUGGAGAUAGCGUGAAGAGCAGCAUCUUCCACAGCUGGGUUAGUGAUCAGCGCGACAACCCCAUGUUGCCUUCUCGCGGCUACUACGCCAAGAUUUUCAAUGAAAUUGCUGGGUGGGGCCCAUUGAAGGGAGAUGUAUCAUUUUGGAAGUCGGAAAUUGAGACUCAGGGAAGUGUCCCAAUCCCUAUUCCGGGUAUUAAGGGAGACAGUGGUAUUAGCCUUACCACUGGCUUCCGCGCAGGUCUCCUUUACCCCUUGGGACAGGGCUCAAACUCGCCCCAGCUUUCUCGUGUCAAUGAUCGCUUCCAGCUUGGUGGACCCACGGACGUUCGUGGAUUCCGUCUCUGCGGCCUGGGUCCUCGUGAUGGACCUGAUGCUCUUGGUGGUGACGUGUAUGCUGCUGGAAGUGCAAACUUGCUCUUCCCUCUCCCCAGAGUUGGAGCCGAGAAGCCGCUGCGAUUGCAAGCCUUCUUGAACGGUGGCCGCCUGUUGCCGCUGCGCACAUCGCAGAAAACCGCACCCUCAAACAGUGGAGAGGUGCAGGAUGCCAUGAUCUCAACUAUCUCUGACCUGCAGAAUGGUCUGCCCAGCAUUUCCGCUGGUGUUGGUAUUGUGUACGCCCUUCCUGUGGCGCGGUUCGAGCUUAAUUUCUCUCUGCCUCUCGUCCUUCGCAAGGGCGAGGAGGGCCGUAAGGGCCUGCAGUUGGGAAUUGGCAUCAACUUCCUGUAG